UAGGUUCUCUUCCACCUACCUUUAAUGGCUCCCACGAUUCUACCACCUCUACUACCUCCUGUUAUCUUAAUAAUAAGAGAUCCCUCUUUAUAACCUCAGCAACUUCUCUUCAAAUAGUAACACUUCCUUAAUUUCUGUUAAAACAGAAAAAUGAAAUUCGAGGAGCUUCUGAUGCAAAGAAGUGAGGAUCAGCAUAGGAGACUUGCUCUUGAAGAAGAGGUUAAGACGUUGCAAGCAGAACUAGAAGGAGAGGAAACACUUAGAAAUGUUUUGCAUUAUGCCCUCAAUGGGCCUUUGCUUUCAAAUCCAAGUUUUUCCACUUAUCUGCCACCUCAGAUUCAGGUGCUAAUUUCGGAGAUAGUGAUGGUGGAGGAAGAGAUUUAUUUGUUGGAAAGAAAAGUUGAUGAGAUAACUCUGCAGCUAUACCAAGAGAGAGCACAAGGCAGUGAAUUAGAUUUAAAGCAUCAAAAGAGGGUGUGGCAGCAGAAUCAUUUGUUGUCCGAAGCCAAAAGUUUUCGGUCAGUGCUUGAUGACCAGCGAUCAAAAUCACACAAUUAUGAAGUCUCGAGAAAAGAAAGAGUGAGUGGGGAUAGAAGAGCAUCGUUGAGUUCUGCAUCAGACACCAAAUCUUCGUUUUCCAACAGAGAAAUUGCUGAGUUAACAAGGAGAGUUAGCGGGAGAAGGAGAAGAAGGGGGAAGGUAGACAAUCCAAGCUACAUUAUGAAACCAAAUGAACUCUCAGAAGAGUUGCUGAAGUGUCUAAUAGGCAUUUUUCUUGAGCUAAACCAGACAUCUGUGGACAGAGAAGGAUCACCAAUUAAUCCGAAACUUACUCUUUCUUGUAUGAACUCAAAAGGGUUCAUAGGAAAGACUUCAUUCAACUGCAAACCACCUACAUUUCUUUUCAACUACAACUCCUCAUUCUCUGACCCUUAUGGCAUAUUGCCAGAUUUGGAUAUAAGAGAUGUUGGUCCUUACAAGAACUUUAUUCAAAUCACGAGCUCAUCCAUAGAUAUCACCCGCUUUUCAGAAUGUUUGACUGGAUUCAGAAAACUGAGGGUUUUGAUGCAUAAGCUCUGUGGUGUAGACUUGACAUUCUUGGCCUACAAACAGAAGCUAGCGUUCUGGAUCAACGUUUAUAAUGCCUGCAUAAUGCAUGCAUUUCUAGAGCAUGGACUGCCUACGUCACAAGAGAAGCUGCUGCAACUAAUGAAUAAGGCUACACUGAAUGUAGGUGGUAUAAUAUUAAAUGCUUUGGCCAUCGAGCAUUUUAUUCUCCGGUAUCCUUCCAAAGCAAAACAUAAGGGGCCUGCUUAUGAAAAGGAAGUGUUACUCCGAAAUGCCUAUGGUCUGGGGUACCCUGAGCCUAAUGUUACCUUUGCUCUAUGCCGAGGCACUUGGUCCUCACCAGCUCUAAGAGUGUAUACCCCAGAUAACAUAGUCAACGAAAUGGAGAGAGCAAAAGUAGAGUAUUUGGAAGCUUCAGUAGGAGUUACAACCAGGAAAAAGAUUGUUGUCCCAAAGCUUCUUCAAUGGUACAUGUCUGAUUUCGCAGAUGACAUGGAAUCGUUAUUGGAAUGGAUUUAUAGUCAAUUGCCACGUUGUGGGUCGUUGAAAAGAUUGAUAAUGGAAUGCCUCAAUGGAGAAGCAAAGUCUCCCAUCAACAAGAUGGUUGAAGUUCAGCCUUAUGAAUCUGAGUUUCGUUACAUGUUACCCUCCUAAUAAGCUCCUUAUGAGCCAAAAUGAUGGUAGAUAAAUAAGGGAAUAUACCUAUUUUAGUACCUGAGUUUUAGCGAAAUACUGGUGCAUUACGUUUCUAAUAAUGAUAAUUAGGUGCCUUAAAUUUUGAAAUUGUACAUACUUUAUCUUUUUACCAUUAUUAAUAUCAUAAGGUAUUAAAGUA